AUGCGCUGGACUCUCCAAGUUACGAACGCGCUGCUCAGCUACAUCGUAGCUACAGCUUCUGCUGUCCCCAGCCAACAGCUCUACUCGCGGCAGUCAACCGACAUUCUCACGUCCUAUGACUAUGUGAUUGUCGGUUCGGGCCCGGGAGGUGGGCCGCUCGCCGCCCGACUUGCCAUCGCCGGCAAGAAGGUUUUGCUCAUCGAUGCCGGCGACGACCAGGGUAACUCCAUCCCGUACCAGGUGCCAGCACUCAACCUGCAGUCAACCGAGUACGACCCCAUGCGAUGGGACUACUACGUCAACCACUUCAGCGACCUCGACGCCCAAAAGAAAGACUCCAAGAUGACAUAUCGCACGUCAUCAGGGGAGCUCUAUGUCGGCCUCAACCCGCCCGCUGGCGCCACACCGCUCGGUGUUCUCUACCCCCGAGCCGGCACUCUAGGAGGUUGCGGAUCUCACAACGCUCUCAUCACUGUGUAUCCGCACAAGUCUGACUGGGACGGCAUUGCCAGCCUGACUGGCGACAGCUCUUGGAGUGCUUCCAACAUGCGCCAGUAUUUCAAGCGCCUAGAAAACGCCGAGUACUUGCCCAACGGCGUCAUUGGGCAUGGAUUCAGCGGUUGGCUUACAACAACUGUGACCGACCUGGGGCUCGUCAUUCAAGAUGUCAAGCUGUUAACCGUCAUUCUCUCCGCCGCCUCGGCCAUGGGCAAGAACCUCAUCGGCCUGAUCUUUUCGACCAUUCAAGGCCUUGGCGAAGUCCUCCUCCGAGACCUAAACGUCGACCUACCCAACCGAGACUCUUCCGAGGGUUUGUACCAGGUUCCCAUCGCCGUCGAUAGCGGCAAGCGCGUUGGACCUCGCGAGUUCGUCCUGGAUACCGCCAACGCGAAGAACGCCGACGGCACCAGGAAGUACCACCUUGACAUCAAGCUCAGCACACUCGUCACCAAGGUGCGCUUCGAUCGUACCGGAGCGAAGCCACGCGCCGUGGGAGUCGACUUCCUCACGGGCCAGAGUCUAUACCGUGCAGACCCCAGAUCCAGCAGCGGCGCCGCAGGUACCGCCGGAUCCGUUAACGCCACCGCGGAGGUCAUCGUGUCCGCCGGCGCCUUCAACACCCCGCAAUUGCUCAAGCUCAGCGGUAUCGGCCCAAAGGAUGAGCUUACCUCUUUCGGUAUCCCCGUUGUCGUCGACCUGCCUGGUGUCGGCACCAACUUGCAGGAUCGCUACGAGACAACCGUCAUCGGAGAGACGCCCACCGACUUCCAGAUCACCAAGGACUGCACCUUUUUCCGUUCUGGCACCGACGAUCCAUGCUUGAAGAAGUGGCAAGAGGGCACCUCCAAGGGGAGCUCUCCUGGAAUCUACGGCUCAAACGGCAUCUCGUUGGGCAUCGUCAAGAAGUCGACCGUGGCCGAGGGAGACCCCGACCUCUUUAUCGCCGGCGCGCCGGUGGCAUUCCCUGGUUACUACCCGGGAUACUCCGCCGAUGGCACCAAGGACGCUCGCCACUGGUCGUGGAUCACUCUCAAGGCGCACAGCCGCAACCGUGCCGGCACCGUGAAGCUGCGCUCCUCAGACCCGCGAGACAUGCCGCAGAUCGACUUCAACUCUUUCCAGAAUGCGGCCGACGGCGCCAAGGAUAUCCAGGCGGUCGUGGAGGGCAUGCUGCUGUCGCGCAAGAUGUUCAAGAACGUGGUGCCCUUGACUGGAGGGUUUACCGAGGUUUGGCCUGGGCCCAAUGUGACUGACGCAGACUUGCCCGAGUUUGUGAGGAACGAGGCCUGGGGACACCAUGCCAGCUGUACCUGCCCUAUCGGUAAGGAUGGCGACGCGAAUGCCGUAUUGGACUCCAAGUUCAGGGUCAGAGGUGUGGAUGGACUGCGGGUGGUUGACGCCUCUGUGUUCCCUAAGAUUCCCGGCUACUACAUCGCGGUGCCUGUUUACAUGGCAAGCGAGAAGGCAGCGGACGUGAUUCUUGGGAAAUAA